UUCAAACUUUUUUUACCCGGUUCUUCACACAGCAUCAAUGCGACAUUGAUCAUUUGACAACUGAAAAUGAAACCGCAACCUCAGAUUAACACAUCUGACAGAAUAAGACAGAUAUUAAUAAUUGACCUGAAACAACCUGCAUCACCACCGGAGGGCGCCGUGAACCUUAGUGCGCAGCCCGUGAAGCUGAAGAAGAGGAGGAAGAGGAAGAGUAUGGCGGAUGGCGGAGGGACGCCGCUGCAGAGCGCCAUGAAGAUGGCCAAGCAGGCGAUCCAGCUGGAGGGGGCAGACAGGCAGCAGGAAGCUUAUGGUCAAUACCUGCGAACGAUCAACUACAUCUCACACGUUCUUCUGCAAGAAGAGACGCAGGUGGAGGUGGAGAGGAUGCUGCGGCUGGCAGAGCAGUGUCUGGACCGAGCCAAGUCCUUCAUAGGGAAGCGCUCUGUCCAUCCUGUCCCCCCUGUCCUCCACAACGCCUCCUGUUCUUCAGCUGACCAAUCGGAGGCUGAGGCCGGUCCCAAGGCUGGAGACAGCGCCUCUGCUGCUGAGGGACAGGUUGAUGCUUCGUCCCCGUUUGGUCUGUCAGAUGAUGGCGGACAGUCGUCCCCUUUCCCUCCUCCUGAUGUCUUCCAGAGACACCAGACUGAAGCUUCACACGACUGCAGGAGGAAGACACUGACCCCGGUGGAGGAAGCGUCCCGGCAGAACCAGAAGCUCCAGGCAUCCUAUGACGCUCGUGUGGCCCGGCUAGCUCCGGGUCAGGCGUCCCAGAAAACCUCCUUGACGCUUUCCCUGCAGCGGCAGAUGAUGGAGAAUCUGAUCAUCGCCAGAGCCAGACAGGACGCCCUGCAGAGGAAAGUGGAGGAGAGGAGGCAGAGGCUGCAGGACGAAGCCAACAGGAGGUUUGCUGCCUCUGGAGCACUGACUGCAGAGGAGCAGGAGCAGCGGCUCCUCUACGCCCGGGUUCUGGAGUACGAACUGGACCACGACUGGCCCAAACAGUGGAGAACCAACAUCAGGAAGAACCCGGACGCCUCGCUGGUUCUGGAUCUGCUCUCCUACCUGCUCAGGUCGGAUCAUCCUCUGGUGGAGCUGCUGAGGAAACAUCAGCUCAGGGUCUACAACCAGCUGUACCCCAUCGUCACCCAGAGUCUUCCUCAGAGUCUUCCUCAGAGUCUUCCUCAGAGUCUUCCUCAGAGUCUUCCUCAGAGUCUUCCUCAGAGUCUUCCUCGGAGCCCCGCCCUGCCGCUCAGCUCUUCUCGCAGUGACCACGUCCGUCUCUCUCCAGAUGGAAACCCGACCAGAACCAGCAGCUUGCCGGACGGCGAGGACGCGGCGCAGCGGGACGACUCCUUCGAGGACCUGGAGCACUUCCUGUCCCAGCUGGACUCCGCCCCCCACGGCGGCCUGCGGGCGGAGCUGACCUUCGACCCCUCUGUUGAGCUAGAGCAGCUGGAGCUCAGAGCUCUAAAAGAACAUCUGAAGGCCAUCGUCAGAGACGUCCACGGAGCCAUCGAUCAGCUGCUGUCGCUCUGCCUGCUCUCCUUCGACUGCCUGAACACGGCGACUUAUAAGGACCUGAGUCUGGGCUGCAUCGAGGAGGCCUUCUUCACGCCGCUGUGGAGCCCCCUGCUGGCUCUCUUCAGGCGAGUCCUCAGGGAGCGAGAGCAGCUCCUCCAGAGGAACAUGGCGCUGUACUGCAGCGCCUCGCCAGCAGAGGUCGGCGUUCCCCUCAAACUGUUCCCCCAGGACCCCGGCGCGCUCCAAGGUUCCUACCCCUACGAGGCGGCGGUGCAGGAGCUGAAGCUGCUGCUGGGGGACCGCGGCCCUCAGAGGAAGCUGGACUGCAUCGUGCGGACGCUGCGGCUGAUCUGCGGCUGCGCCGAGGAUUACCGGAACCAGCAGGGGGGCGGAGCUUCCCAGGCCGCCGCCAUCGGCGCCGAUGACCUGCUGCCCGUCCUGUCCUUCGUUUCGCUGCGCUGCCAGUGUCCCCAGCUGCUGUCGGAGUGCGCCGCCCUGGAGGAGUUCAUCCAUGAGAGCUUCCUGAUUGGUGAGGAGGGUUACUGUCUCACCUCCCUGCAGAGCGCUCUGGCCUACGUCGAGUCUCUGCCAGCAAGAGCUGACCUUGCUGACCCCGAGUAACGCCCCCGACCUGCAGCCUCUGAUUGGCCAGAAGGUGAUGAGGUCGUGACCUUUGCUCUGGAGGCUCCUGGAUUUACUGCUGGCUGUUCUGAGCAUGCUCAGUAGGGGCUGAGAAAUGGGAAGCACCGCAGCAGUGGACCGGACCGGACCGGACCGGGGGAGGGGCUUUCUUCUACUUUUCCAGGUUGUUCCUCAUCUUCUUCAAUCUUCAUCGUUUUCUGACGCUGCAGCUCUCGGCCUCCCAGCCAAUCAGAAGGCUCCAGGCAUCACCUGGUUUUUCUGCCCCCUGCAGGACGUUUCAGUAAUUUCUCUGUAAACAUUAUCACUGCUGUUCCUCCUCUCUGCAACACCUGGGUGGUGGGCGGAGCCUGAGCUGGAGAGAAACACCUGGGUGAUGGGCGGAGCCUGAGCUGGAGAGAAACGUUCAGAAAAUAAAGCAGCAGCAGAUCUGAGGCCUGUAAUCCAGACUUUACUGGAUUAUUCAGACAGAACAUGGAGUUAAACGCGGCUGCAGAUCUGAAAAUCCAGCUGAUAAUCUAACCGUCUGAUUUAUUCCGUCGUAAUCUGGCAGUGGGAUCAGAGUCUUCCAGGUUAGGGGUGGAGGUGAACGGCAUUGUGGGUAAUCUGCUUUCAGUGGAUGUGAUGGCAUGAGAGCCGACGCUGGGUGACCUUCAGGAUGACCUCUGAGGCCUACAUCGGUCCUGCUGCCGAGGAACUGAAGGGAAUCUUGGUUUGGUUUUUUCCAGAAUUUAGUUUCUUCUCCAGUUUUUAUUCAGUUCGCCAGGACCUGCCCAGAGGUCAGAGGUCAGGGGUCAUUAAAUCAGUCAGGUAACUUUGUGUUUUAUUGCUUAGCUUUAAGUUGGACCAAAGAUUUAUUUAGUUCAACUUUUAUUCUAAUUUUUAGUCUAAAAAUCAUUUCUGGUCCAAAGAGCAGAAACCGGUUUUAGUUUCUGGUUCCGAGAUACAGAACCGACCCAGAGUGAAGAACCGGCACCAGUGAACUGGUGGAACUGGGAGAACCUGCUGGAAUGUUUCUGACGUUUUCAAAUGACAGAAAAUCUUGUUUCCAGUUGUAACGUUAAAAUGUUCAGAUGUUAAAGAUCCUGUGAUCUAAACUGACCUGGGAAUGUUUAUGAAAUAUUAAAUCAUCUUUGUGAGAAGGUUUAAUUAUUAAAUAGCUUGUUUGUUUCUCUCUGGGUGAUUAAACCGUCUCGUCCAUCCA